AUGCUCAACAGCCUCGUCAAUGCUCCGCGUCGUCACGCACUCGUCAACUCGGCCCAUUCCACCGCCUCCUCGAACCACGCCGAUUCCAUCCAACCCUCCUCGGCAACCGCUUCGCUCGCCGGCUCCUCCACCUUGCAUUCCGUUGCGGCCUCCACUUCCACUUCCACCGCCUCCCUCAGCGCCACAGAACACCUGCGUGACACGUUCAACAAACGCAUUCGUAGUCUCGUCUAUCUUAAACACUCCCUUCAAGGCCGCACCACCUGGUUCUCCACCAUUCAGCUCCAUCCGGACGAUCUGCACGCCUUUUUUGACAAUCAACGCAUGCACAAACGCUCGCUACGCUAUUCCAUCCUUGGCCUUAGCCUCUCAGCCAUCCUUGACAUUCCCAACCCCAGCGACACGGCGCGAGCCAUCAUCUCGCUCUUCAACGAACUCGAUGCCUACACGGAUGACAACAUUGUCGCUCUCACCAGCGCUACAGGUGCAGACUCGUUCGGUACGCAGCGACCCAAGGUGCGUAGCUUUUUCAAAACGGGCAAGCAGACGCUCAAGAGGUCCACAGCUGCACAGGCCAUCAGCGAGUUUGGCACAAUCGAGUCGGGUUCCGGUCCAGCUUCAACAUUGGCCGCCAGCAACGAGCCAAACUCAUAUCUCAUGGCGCCCAACAUACCUUUCCAGUUGGACUUUUUCCAGACCUUCCUUACGCUCUGCGAUAUGCUCACCGAGGUGUAUUACAAGUUGGCCUCUUUCUUACCCAGAGACGUCGGCUCAGCCGAAGCAGCGGUGCAGCAAAACCCUGCAAAUUUAGCAAGAGCCAGUUCACCUCCCACCUCCAUCUCUGCACAUGUCAGUCAAGAUCGAGAUCGAACGCCGAGCAUCAGUCACAGCUUCUCCUCAGCAGCUGCAGCGGCGGUGACAGAUGCCUCGGCCGACACGACCGCCGAUAAGCCUGGCGUAGUCAUCAGCGCAAUCACGCAGGAACUGCUGAUCAAAGCCGACGCCAAGAUCAAAAAAGUCGUCAAUGUGCAACUCAAGGAGAUCGACGAGUUUGCACGCCAGAUGAUCAAGGACGAAUUGGCAUCACUUGACCCGCUCAUCCAGGACCUUGGCCUAGACACGCCUGUCAGCAGAGGUAGCACUGUCAACAGCGCGGCUUUCCCUUCAACUUCCACCGAUAGCACGCAUUCCUCCAAUCCAACCACUACUACCGGUCUUGCCACCACCUCGACAUCUGCACUUCCAUUUACGUUUAGCAAUCAACCUCCCUCUACUACGACGCCUUCAAAGCUCUCCACGCGAACCGCUUCCCAAUUCCGUCGCACCAGCAACGCCAAAUCGGACGCACAUCAUGGUCAUCACCACCUCAACCUCGGCGGUACCACCGCCACCGCUCCGUCCAUAAACUCGGCUGACAUCGCUUUGACCACGUCCAGAUCCGGCCGUCUGAAACGCAUCGUCAGCCCGCACCCAGACGUGCCCAGCCCAAACAGGCUUCCAUGA